GGCCCCGCAGCCCGAGAUGCCGGACCUCAGCCACCUCACGGAGGAAGAGCGGAAGAUCAUCCUGGCCGUCAUGGACCGCCAGAAGAAGGAAGAGGAGAAGGAGCAAUCCGUGCUCAAAAAAUUACAUCAGCAGUUUGAGAUGUAUAAGGAGCAAGUGAAGAAGAUGGGUGAAGAAUCACAGCAGCACCAGGAGCAGAAGGGUGAUGCCCCAACCUGUGGCAUCUGCCACAAAACAAAAUUUGCUGAUGGCUGUGGCCAUAACUGUUCGUAUUGCCAAACUAAAUUCUGUGCGCGCUGCGGAGGAAGAGUGUCUCUGCGGUCAAACAAGGAGGACAAAGUGGUAAUGUGGGUAUGUAACUUGUGCCGAAAACAACAAGAAAUCCUCACAAAAUCAGGAGCCUGGUUCUAUAACAGUGGAUCACACGCACCACAGCAGCCAGACCAAGAAGGAAUUAGAGCUCUGAGGAAUGAGGAAGCACCUCAAGAGAAAAAAGCAAAACUGCAGGAGCAUCCACAGUACCAGGGACCACCAGGUGACAUAUCCACACAAGCUUUGGACAAAAACAGAUCUCAAGGGCUCACAAGACAAGACUCCAUUAAGAAUGGUUCAACAGUAAAGCAUCAAGUAACAAGUGACACAUCAGACAGGAAAAGAAGCCCUUCAAUAUCAAGAGAACAGAGCAGAAGAUACGACCAGAGGGACGAGAGAGACGAAUACUCGCAGUAUGCUACAUCAGACAGUGCGAUGCCCAGGUCACCAUCAGAUUAUUCAGAUAGGCGGUCACAGCGUGGGCCUCAGUUAUACGAAGAACCUGAACUGGGUGAUUAUAGAGAUUCCAACAGAAGGAGCCGCAGGCGUUCCAAGGAGUAUCCGGUAGAAGAAGAAGAUGCGCAAAGCAGGGAAGAAUAUGAAAGGCAAAGGAGGGAAGAGGAAUACCAGGCACGAUACCGAAGUGAUCCUAAUUUGGCUCGUUAUCCAGUCAAGCCACAGCCAUAUGAGGAGCAAAUGCGUAUCCACGCCGAAGUGUCCCGAGCACGUCACGAACGGAGACACAGCGAUGUCUCGCUGGCAAACACAGAGCUGGAGGAUUCGCGGAUGUCCAUGCUCAGGAUGGAACGGCCGUCAAGACAAAGAUCAGUGUCUGAGCGCAGGGCUGCCAUGGAAAAUCAACGUUCAUACUCUAUGGAAAGAACUCGAGAGGCUCAGGGACCAAGUCCCAAUCGCCAGAGGACCACAAAUCAUAGCCCUCCUACACCUAGGAGGAGUCCAAUUCCUCUGGAAAGACCAGACAUGAGGCGCUCUGAUUCUUUAAGGAAACAGCACCAUUUGGAUCCCAGUUCUGCUGUCCGGAAAACAAAACGUGAAAAGAUGGAGACCAUGUUACGGAAUGAUUCACUCAGCUCAGACCAGUCUGAAUCCGUCAGACCUCCACCACCAAAGCCCCAUAAAACGAAAAAGGGAGGUAAAAUGCGCCAGGUUUCAUUAAGUAGCUCAGAAGAAGAAUUGGCAUCCACUCCAGAAUAUACAAGUUGUGAUGAUGUAGAGAUUGAAAGUGAAAGUGUUAGUGAAAAAGGAGACAUGGAUUACAACUGGUUGGACCAUACGUCUUGGCAUAGCAGUGAGGCAUCCCCAAUGUCUUUGCAUCCAGUCACUUGGCAACCAUCCAAAGAUGGAGAUCGUCUCAUUGGUCGGAUUUUGUUAAAUAAACGACUAAAGGAUGGAAGUGUGCCUAGAGAUUCAGGAGCAAUGCUUGGAUUGAAGGUAGUAGGAGGAAAGAUGACUGAAUCAGGUCGACUCUGCGCAUUUAUCACCAAAGUUAAAAAAGGAAGCUUAGCUGAUACAGUUGGGCAUCUUAGACCAGGUGAUGAAGUAUUAGAAUGGAAUGGAAGGAUACUACAAGGAGCCACCUUUGAGGAGGUGUAUAAUAUCAUUUUAGAAUCCAAACCUGAGCCACAAGUAGAACUUGUAGUUUCAAGACCAAUAGGGGACAUUCCCAGAAUACCUGACAGUACACAUGCACAGCUGGAGUCCAGUUCUAGUUCAUUUGAAUCUCAAAAAAUGGACCGACCUUCUAUUUCAGUGACUUCUCCUAUGAGUCCUGGCAUGUUAAGGGAUGUUCCACAGUUCUUGUCUGGACAACUUUCAAGCCAAAGCCUUAGUAGAAGAACAACGCCUUUUGUUCCUAGGGUUCAGAUAAAACUGUGGUAUGACAAGGUUGGUCAUCAGUUAAUAGUGACCAUACUGGGAGCAAAGGAUCUUCCUUCAAGGGAAGAUGGGAGGCCAAGGAAUCCUUAUGUUAAAAUUUACUUUCUUCCAGACAGAAGUGAUAAAAAUAAAAGAAGAACAAAAACAGUAAAGAAAACAUUGGAACCUAAGUGGAAUCAGACAUUUAUUUAUUCUCCAGUUCAUCGGAGAGAGUUUAGAGAACGAAUGUUAGAAAUCACACUCUGGGACCAAGCACGAGUUCGAGAGGAAGAAAGUGAAUUUUUAGGAGAGAUUCUUAUUGAGUUAGAGACAGCAUUACUAGAUGAUGAACCUCACUGGUACAAACUUCAAACACAUGAUGUCUCUUCAUUGCCACUUCCCCAUCCCUCACCAUAUUUGCCACGCAGACAACUCCAUGGAGAGAGUCCCACACGGAGGUUACAAAAUAAAGGCUUAUAUUCAUAUAAUUCAGGAUCCAAAAGAAUCAGUGACAGUGAAGUCUCUGAUUAUGACUGUGAUGAUGGAAUUGGUGUUGUUUCAGACUACCGACAUAAUGGGAGAGAUCUUCAAAGUUCAACACUGUCAGUGCCAGAGCAAGUAAUGUCAUCUAACCAUUGUUCUCGAUCAGGGUCCCCUCACCGUGGAGAUAGUAUAGGACGGACUAGAUCGUGGUCUCCCAGUGUCCCUCCCCCACAAAGUCGGAAUGUGGAUCAGGGCCUGCGAGGGACCCGAUCGCCGGCUGCGCACUACAACACCCUGAACCGCAUGGACCGGCACCGAGGGAUGGAGGAGCACUACUCCCCCGACAGAGAGAGGAAUUGUGAAGCAGCAGAUAGACAGCCAUAUCAAAGAUCCCGAUCAACAGAGCAACGUCCUGUGCUAGAGCGGACCAACUCCCGCUCCCGAUCCACAGAGCGUCCUGACUCAAACCUCAUCAGGUCGAUGCCUUCAUUAAUGACUGGAAGAUCUGCCCCUCCUUCACCUGCCUUACCGAGGUCACAUCCUCGAACUGGGUCUGUCCAGACAAGUCCAUCAAGUACUCCAGUAGUAGGGCGAAGGGGCAGGCAGUUACCGCAGCUCCCACCAAAGGGGACGUUGGAGAGAAAAGAAGCGGAAUCAUCAAGGAGAACAAACUCAGAAGAAAAGAAAACAGAUCCAGAGAAUGGGGAUACAGGUGCAUUGGAUGUAGAAGAAAGGAAUCGCCAAAUGAAAAUGAGCAAGUACAAACAGGUAGCAGGAUCAGAUUCCAGGCUGGAACAAGAUUAUCAUUCUAAGUAUCGGGCGGGGCGGGAUCCCCACCGGGGCUCAGACAAUGUGUCCAACAAGUCUUCGGACAGCGAUGUCAGCGACGUCUCGGCCGUGUCCCGCACCAGCAGCGCCUCCCGCUUCAGCAGCACCAGCUACAUGUCCGUCCAGUCAGAGCGCCCGAGGGGGAACAAGAAAAUAAGUGUCUUUACAUCCAAAAUGCAAAGCAGACAGAUGGCCAUCUCAGGAAAGAACAUGACAAAGAGCACCAGCAUCAGCGGGGAGAUGUACACGCUGGAGAAGAACGACGGCAGCCAGUCGGACACGGCCGUGGGCACUGUUGGUGGUGGCAGCAAAAAGAGGCGCUCCAGCAUCGGUGCAAAGAUGGUCGCCAUCGUGGGGCUGUCAAGAAAAAGCCGUAGCACGUCACAGCUCAGCCAAACUGAAGCAGGGGGCAAGAAGCUGCGGAGCACCGUCCAGAGGAGCACGGAGACAGGGCUGGCCGUGGAGAUGAGGAACUGGAUGACUCGCCAGGCGAGCCGGGAGUCAACUGAUGGGAGUAUGAACAGCUACAGCUCUGAGGGAAAUUUGAUCUUCCCUGGUGUGAGAUUGGCUGCAGACAGCCAGUUCAGUGAUUUUCUGGAUGGACUUGGUCCUGGCCAGCUUGUAGGACGACAGACUUUGGCAACACCAUCAAUGGGAGAUAUUCAGGUGGGAAUGAUGGACAAAAAAGGACAACUGGAAGUAGAAAUAAUCCGAGCCCGUGGCCUUGUUGUAAAACCAGGUUCAAAGACACUGCCAGCACCAUAUGUAAAGGUGUAUCUAUUAGAAAAUGGAGUCUGCAUAGCCAAAAAGAAAACAAAGGUAGCAAGAAAAACGCUGGAACCACUUUAUCAGCAACUCCUAUCAUUUGAAGAAAGUCCCCAAGGGAAAGUUUUACAGAUAAUUGUUUGGGGAGACUAUGGACGUAUGGAUCACAAAUCCUUUAUGGGAGUGGCACAGAUACUUUUAGAUGAACUGGACCUGUCCAACAUGGUGAUUGGGUGGUUCAAACUUUUCCCUCCUUCUUCCCUAGUAGACCCAACCUUAGCUCCUCUCACUAGAAGAGCUUCCCAAUCAUCUCUUGAAAGUUCAACAGGACCUUCGUAUGCUCGCUCAUAGCAGCUGUGAAACUGUUGUCAUAGCAACCAGCGUUACAAAAAAAUAAAAUUACAGGUCGCAAACCCUGGUAACACUGCAUGCUUAAUGUUGUGUCUUCUGAGCCUGUUUCUAGGGCUGCAACGCGAUCCUGUGUUCUCAAGGAAGUUGCACACAUUGUGCCCUACGGAAGGCCCUCAGGUGAUGGACUGAAAUCAUGAAGAACUGAUAGGUUUGGAGUUCAGGGACUUGGUUUUGGUCCAAUCUGAAGCCAUGGACUAAACUAAAGAAAUCAAUCUGUUUCAUGCAACAAAAGUCCUUUUCAAUGGCAUAUCUGUUUUGUUGCUCCCAUUUCUUUAUUUAUCUGCCCUUCCCUCCCAAAGUUUGGUUAUGCCACAGAAGCAGAGUUACCCUUCCAUGAAGCCACAUUACAAGUCAGUGGAUUAGCAGAUGUUGGAAGAAAAGAAGAAUCUAAGGAUGCUGGAAAAGUCAACUGGCACUUGCAGCAGUUGCUUGAGAUCUGAAAACUCUUCAUAUUGAAAAGGUUCAAGGCUUAAAGUGGCAGGCUUCAUACCUCCAGCUGUUCACACAGUGAACCCCAGACAUGAUGGACUCUCUGAAAAAUAAAAUUCUGUGGAUAUACUGUACUGUAUGAAAUUAAGAAACUUUUUUGCAUGGACACAGAUUUAGCUGAACACUUAAAUUAUUUUCUUGGGGCUGCAACUUGGAAAAAAAAAAAAAGAAUAAAUCAGCCAUUUUCAACAGUUUAUAUUAUUUUUAAAAAUAAAUUUCACUAGUGCAUGGUUUUAAAGGGAAGAGAAUGCAACAGGGUGAUACAAAGACACACCACGUUUAUCAUUCUUUAAACCAGUCAUGGUCUGUGUUUUUGCAGACUUAUAUUAAA